CUCGACGCCUGCGAGGCCCUGUCGCUCGCAGGGCGAGGGCAUCCCACCUCGUGCGGGGCCCGUGGCCUCACCAAGGGUGUCGUACGUUCGAAGCCAAAAUCCCUCUUGGGCCUCCUGGUGCGGCCAGAAUCCCAGGUGCGGGAUGAGGCAGACGAAGCUCAGACCGCGGUCAGGCAGCACCUGGAUAAAGAACUCGUUCGUCUCUGUACCUCGCUGUUGGUUUGUUCCCUGGCGGUGACUGACAGAGAGGGCUUGGAACUCGCUGGCUCCUUCAGAAGCGAGCUGGCGCUGAAGCUGCUGCAGUGCUUGAGGCUGGCAGACGCGCCGCACUUCUACGGGCUCCCCUCGCUGGAGAGAACGCUGCGAGGGAUGGUUCACGCCACGGCGCUGCCCGGCUGGAGCGCCUGCUCCGCCGCCGCCGGCCCUGCCGCCCUCUGGGAGAAGUACCUGGCGGCUCUUCUCGAGGUCAUCUCGUCGUUUUACGUCGAGUGGGGCGGGAACGCGAUGUCCUUCAUGGGGAAAGGCGUGACGAAGAGCACGGUUCUCUGCUUGCUGCACCUGUCACACGAGAUGGGGGCUCAAGCCACGGGCGCGGACUGGAUAUCCCUUUGGUCUUUGCCUUAUGACAGCAGUGAAGAGCAGGUUGCUUCUCAGCUGGGUCUGGCGUGGCUGGUUCCUUUAUGGGUGGACAGAGACCCUGAGGUCAGAUUUACAGCCCUUGGAAUAGGCUCAGCUCUUACCUCUCUCGAGACGGGAUGCGCUGCUUUAGCGGCGAGUUGCCAGAACAUUUCGGGAGGGCUGUGGGGCACGGUGAUGAACAUCCUUCUGGACCAGGCCGAGUGCAGCAUGGUGCGCAGGGAGGCUGCUUUUAUUCUGCAAAAUCUCCUGGUGGUUCCACUUCCUGCCGACGAUGUGAAAGAUUGUCCUUGGCAAGGUCCCUGCGUGCACGACGAGGAGUCGAGCCUCUCUCGGACAGGGAAACCUGCGCUGCAGGCCCUCUUGUGUCACUGCCAGUUCUACGAGCACGUGCACCAGAUGGUGAAGCACUGCUACCUCGGCUGUCACACGUUCGAUUUGAGUUCUUCCAGGGCGGACAGCCUCACCACGGAAAGAGGUGGUGUAACUGAUCUUGAUGAUUCUCUGAAUCUUUGGAAGGCUCCAUCCAGUCAAAGCCAAUCUUCACGUUCUCAGUCAACAUCUGAAACUAUGAUUCAGUCUGCGUCGCCGUCGCUGGGGAGCGUUGCCGAGCUGCAGGCAGCAGUCCCAGCCGCUUCGGCCAGCUUUGUUCCUGACGCCAAUCGGCUCAUGGCCCAAGGUCAAAGCGACACAACCACGACGGAGUCUCCGAGUGCACAGGGUUCUCCCGUCUCUGCCGCGGUCUCCAGCCCGCGUGCCCUGGUCACCCCUGCCCUCCUGUCCGCUGUCUGCAGCCUCCUGCACAACCUGCUGGUGGUCGCGCCCCAGGACACCGGGACGGCCCUUGGGCAGGCAGGCUUGCUGCCGGCGCUCGGCAGUCUUGUAAGUGCUAAUCUGGUGGAGAGAUGUUUCUUGGAACUGAAAGCUCCGUUGGGUCAUCCAUGUCGUAUAGAACAUGUAAAAGCUCAGGUGUUAUUACUGCUUCAGUACUUGUCGUCCGUGUCCAGGCUCCUGAAAUCCUGUUUGUUGGUGGACUCCCAGCUGGUAAUGCAGGAUGAACUGUUGAAGCCUCUCUUGGGGAACGCCUUCGGGAUCCUCGCCCUUCGCCCCGGAGAUGGGCUGGACACCGAGUUAACAUCUGGGCUUCGCGAGACGUGGGCAGACUCCUUCAGCCUCCUGGCGGCGUUGCUGUGGAAGGGUGGCCCUGCAGCGCAUCCGGCUGUGACGGCAGCCCUGGCCCAGCGCUGUGCGGCUCUGAUCGAUACCAUUUGUGACUGUAUUCAUCUGUCAGCCGCGUGUCCUGCUUUGUACGUGGCUAGUUUACAGUUCCUCUCUGGCCUCUUGAAUGAGGAAGGAAGAAGGCAGCUCCAAGAGAAACAGAGUCUGUGUCAGAGUCCGACUAUGAGCUUUCUUCUGGAUCAGGCUGAAGGAUGCCAGGCGUCAGUAACUCAGCUUACCACGUUAAUUAUUCAGGUCUGUGAAAGAAAAUCUUCAAAGGAUGUGCUGAAAGAAGUUGCUACUAACGCACUGCUGUCUCUGUUAGCUGUCAGCAAACAUGCCCAGAAGUGUGCUUUGGAAGUUGACCUGAUAGACAGCUGUAUAGAAGACAUGAAACAUAUUCACACACAGCUGAAUGUGGAUUCCCUGAAGCCUGGGAAAGCACAGAAAAAAAAGGAGGAUAACCUUAUCAAGCAGUUAAGGUGUUCUAUGCAGCUCCUCAGAAACUGCCUCUUUCAAAAUGAAGAAUGCAAAGUGGCAGCACUCAGAGCUCACCUCGUUCCUGUCCUGCAUUCGUUGUGGCCGUGGCUUUUAACGGACGACCCCUCCAUGCUCAUAGCUCUGCACUUGCUUUGUGUCUACACCGCCAACUGUCCUGCAGGCUGUGCCUCCCUGUGCGGGGCCGGCGGUGGACAGCCCUCCCUCCCGCCCGGGCGGAGCGCAGUCGGCGCCUCGGUGGCGCACAGCGUCCUGAGACUGGCUUCCCAGCUGCCCGGCGACAGCGGCCCCCUGCAGCAGGCGGCCUUCGGCCUCCUUGCCAACCUCGCGCUGUCGCAGGACUGUAAAGGUGUCAUUCAGAAGAGUAACUUCCUGCAGAACUUUUCGUCCCUUUCAAUGCCCAAGGGAAGUAACAAGCAUCCUGGUAACCUGUCCGCUCUUUGGCUGAAGCUGCUGCUGAACAUAUCUUUUGGAGAAGAUGGACAGCAGAUGAUCAUGAAGAUAAAUGGCUUUUUGGACCAGAUCGUGGAAUUGUGUAAAUCCAAACACAAGAGCAGCCAACAUCUGGCACUUCUAAUUCUGCACAACGUGUGUUUUAGUCCAACCAAUAAGCCAAAGAUAUUGGCUAAUGAUAAGGCGAUUGCAGUGCUGUCUGCCUGCUUGGAAAGUGACAGUCAUGCUGUUCAGAGAAUAGGAGCAGCUUCACUCUGGGCCUUGCUUUACAACUGUCAGAAGGCAAAAGUGACUUUGAAGAAUCCAUCGAUAAGGAGAAGAAUAGAUGAGGCUUAUUCUUUGGUGAAGAAAUCCCCUCCACAGCCAGAAGAUGAUGAGCUACACGCCUACUAUGUAAAGUGCUUGGAGAACGUAGUGCAGCUCCUCGAUUGUUAA